UUUAUUAUUGGAUAUUUACUGGUUUAGUUGCAACAACCCGACAAUUACGUUUAAAAAAAAAUUUACUUAAAUUAAAUGUUUAUCGACAUUUUACAAAUGCGGUUUUAUUUGCUAUUAUCGCAAGUUUAUUAUUUAUGGUUUGGUCUUUAAAAUCACAUUUUUUUACAACAUGCAUUACUAAUUGGAGAGAAUUUUGGGUUGAUGAUGCAUUUUGGCAUAUAUUAUUUUCAAUAAUUCUUCUUGUUAUUAUGUUUUUAUUCCGUCCAUCAAAUAAUAAUCAACGUUAUGCAUUUGUUCCAUUACUAGAUCAAUCGGAUAAUGAUGAUGAUGAAUUCGGCGAUGGUGAUGAAGAAAAAGGCGACUCGGCAAUGUUUGAUUCAUUAACAAUGCGUAAAGCAUCAAGCAUAGAAAGUGGUGGAUCAAAGACUAAAAAACAACAACAAGCAUUUUUAAAUCGUGAAGCAAAUGUUUCCGGUAGUGGAGCUGGAGGUUCAAAUGGUAAUGGUGUUGUUGAAGAUGCAUUAACAUGGGUAGAAGAUAAUAUUCCAACAUCAAUUGCUGAUCAGGCAUUACAAGCAUUAGAUAGUGAAGAUGAAAUUGUUAAUACAAAAUUAGAAAGAUCAAAAAUGCAAUAA